AUGUCAAACCUAAAUAAUGACAUUCUUUAUUUAAUAUUCGAAGAGUUACAAGACGAUGAUAAUACUCUUUAUUCAUGUCUUUUAGUCAAUAAAACUUGGUGCGAAUCAACCGUUCCAAUUUUAUGGAAAGAUCCUUGGAAACGUUUAAAGAAUGGAAAGGAAAGAUCCUUAUUAAACGUGAUUAUUUCUCAUUUAUCAAAAGAAUCCAGAAAUAAUUUAGGUCAACACUUUGAUUUUUUGAUAGAAUCAUAUCAAAAUUCUUUAUUUAACUAUAUUAGUUUCUGUAGACAUUUAAAUUUAAAUGAAAUCCAAAGGAUAAUUGACGUUGAACUUGUACAAGAAAAAUCUUCAAUAUCAAUUAUUACAAGUGAAAUAAUCAACCUUUUUAUUAACGGAAACGCAAAUUAUAAAACCCUUUAUAUACCUCAACAACUUGAUUGUCAAAUACGUCUCAUUCCUGGAACCGAAAGUUGUUUUUCAGAAAUUGAAUUCCUCAGUUGUCAUACUAACAUAAAUAAUAAUAUUUUAUUUGGAUUAAUAGAAACUUGCAAAUCAAUUAAACAAUUAGAACUUAUUAUUGAAGGGAAUGAUAAUAAUUAUGAAAUCGUUAAAUUAAUCGAAUCUGCAGGAAAUUUAUUUAAAAUAAGUUUUAUAAAUAAGUGUUUGUAUGUCAAUGAAUCAUUUUGUAAAAUUCUUGAAAAUUCAUUAAUAAGACACGCAAAUACUAUAGAAAAUUUUAAGAUAUCAACUAAACCACUUGUUACAAAAGUUCUUUCAUCUUUUGCUAAUUUAAAAAGAUUAGAAUUGGAUAAUUCAUACGAAAAUCUUCCUUGGAAUUGUUUAAAUUAUUCAUCUUUACCUUGUUUACAAUUUUUAUAUGCUAAGGGCGUUCCAAUUUGUGCUUUAACAAGUUUAAUUGCAAGUACAAGUGGUCAACUCAUUGAAAUAAAAAUCGAUCAUAUACCUCAUGAAGAGAUUGAUAAUAAGAGAAUUAUUCAAGCAAUUUAUCAGAAAUGUCCUAAUCUUAGAUAUCUUAAAUUAAUGUUAAGAAAUAGAAAUAUUCUUGAAUUAAAAAAUUUAUUAGUUAAUUGUAGAAAUUUAAGUGGUUUAUUUAUUAUUAGUAAUAUGGUAGAUACGUUUGGUUGGGAUAAUUUAUUUGAAAUAUUAACUGAAACAUCACCAACAAGUUUAUUUAGAUUUAAAUUCAGUUUUUGUUAUAAACCAAUUAAAUUAGAAUUUUUGAAAUUUUUCUUUGAUAAUUGGAAAGAUCGACAUUCUUUAGUAUUACAACUCAGUCGAUUAGAUAAUAUAGGUAAUAUAGGUGAUUUAAUAGAAAAAUAUAAAGCGGAUGGAAUAAUUAAAAAAUGUAAUGAAGUAUGUGGUGGAGAUUUUGAAUGGAUUUAA